AUGUCCUUGUUAACCGUGGCGCAUCAAAGAGGCUCAGGUGAGUUCACCGGAUUCACGGUGAAACGCGACGGUGAAGAUCACGACGACGGUGGUAAUGAUGGUGGAAAAUUAAUGGUUUCCGGGUAUAAUGGUGAUAGAGAAAGAAAUGAAAUGGUUUCAGCUCUUGCACAUGUUGCAUCAUCAGGGUCAAAUAAAAUGAGUAAUGCUAAUAGUGAAUGGAUUCAAAGAACUAGCUUUGGAAAUACACCAUCUUCUUCAUCUUCAUUUUAUUCUUCGGGUUCGGGUUCGAGUUCGAGUUCGGGGUUAUUCGUGCCCUCUGGAUCAUGGAUUGGUCACAAAAGAGAGCGUGAUGAAGAAAGUAGUGAUUCUAAUCGGUUUAUAACACAAAAUGUUCCUAAACUUUUUAGAACUGUUAUGGUACCUUCUCAAGGUUCAAGAGAAUCAUCUUCAUUAGUAACUGAAGAAGCUCCAGCCACAACAACCAUAACCGUCGCCACAUCGACACCAACACCGGCACCACCGUCAUUCGAAGAAAGCGGCGAGAGAAGAAGAAGAUACCGAGGAGUUCGGCAAAGACCAUGGGGAAAAUGGGCAGCAGAGAUAAGAGAUCCACACAAAGCAGCAAGAGUCUGGCUAGGAACAUUCGACACAGCAGAAGCAGCAGCAAGAGCUUACGAUGAAGCCGCAUUGCGAUUCCGAGGAAGCAGAGCGAAACUCAACUUCCCCGAAAAUGUCAGAUCAAUUAUGCCGCCGCCGCCACAACCACAUCUUCAAUCUUUGCCAACCGCGGCAGUUGCCUCUCGAACACUGCCGCAGCCGGCGUUUCAAGGCUCAUCUGAUUUUAUCAGAGACUAUUUAGAAUACUCUCAAAUUCUUCAAAGCUCCGGUGAUUUUCAGCUACAGCAAAUGCAACAACAACAACAGCAAUUACAAGCUCCAAAUUUGGUUCAACAAUGGUAUUAUAAUUCACAAUUGGCACCACUUCAAUCUUCAUCACCUUCAUUUUCACCAUCUACUCAAAUUUCCAAUUCCUCUCCUUCAUUUCCUCUGUUUUCUACUCAACAAAUGGAACUUUUCCGGCCGCCGGAAAAUCCUCCGCCUGAUGGCAUGUUUCCGCCGACAACUUGGUCAGAUACUAGUGGUCAUCCACCACCACCUUAUGGUUGA